CGCAGCACCGCCGGGUCCCCUGCUGGAACCUGCUCUGCCCCGUGGCCUCGGCUCUCCUCGGCCUUGGCAGGACACGCAGCCUGGGCUGUCCCCACCCUGCACACUGACAGGGACAUGGUGUGGGGACACCAGUGUGACACUGAACCCCGCCACGACCCUCGCUCUCAGCACGAGCCGCUGCGGCAGGACCGGCCUGGGCAGGGGAUGCUCAUCUUGAUGGGCCGCAUUCCUCCACACAAAGGUCCUCCGAUUUGUCCCAUUAGUGCCAUCAUUAAAAUCCAGUUAGUCUCCUACGGAGAGCAAAUGCAGCCCAGCCGAGGCCCUGGCAAGGGGCUGGUGGCCCCAGACCCCCGUUUCCCCUGCCAGCCCUAGGGGUGCCUGGUGAGCCGUCCUGCCUCCCGCUUGUGUACUGGGGCUAAUUGAUGCAGGGGGCCCGGUAGCCGGGCUUCUCACCUUGUUAGCAUGGCAAUUAACUCUCUUUACUCUCCUGAUUGCUCCUGUGCAUAUUUCCCUCCAGUCCAGCUUUCGAGUGAGUUAUAAAUGCAGCACCAGGGAGGCCGGGGCAGUUGUGCAGGGACAGCGAGCACAGAGCCAUGCUGCGGACUGUCCUGCUGCUGCUCGCCCUGGCCAAGACGGCAUGUCCGAGCCCAGCCAGCGUGGAGAGCCGGCGGGCUGAGGCGCUGAAAAAACUCCUGGAAGUCUUUGGCAUGGAAGACCCGCCGGCACCCCCAACUCAAUUCAAGCAGCCGCCCCAGUACAUGGUGGAUCUAUUCAACACUGUCGCCAAUGCGGAUGGUGUCACCAAGAACCCUGACAUCCUGGAGGGCAACACCGUCCGCAGCUUUCUGGACAAAACUCACAGCGAGGAGAUGCGGUUCCUGUUCGUCCUCUCUAGCGUGGCCAAGAACGAGAAGAUCCUGACGGCAGAGCUGCACCUCUUCCGCCUCUGGCCGAGGGUCACAGAUGGGCCCAAAAGGCACCACUUCUGCCAGGUCAGUGUGUACCAGGUGCUGGAGAAAGACAAGCCAGACGCCCCUGGAGGGAAGAAGCUGCUGGCAGCACGGCUUGUCUCUCUGCAGACCUCGGGCUGGGAGGUCUUUGCCAUCACGCCAGCUGUUCGCGACUGGAUCGAAGAUGAAAGCAGCAACCAGGGUUUGCUGGUGACAGUCCAGAGUCUGGGGGGGAGCCCACUCGACCCCCCACCACUGCAGUUUGCAUCUGGCCAGGGCCACCAUGAGAGCAAGAAGCCCAUGUUGGUGCUUUUCACGGACGAUGGGCGCCGUGGAGCGUCGCUGCCCACAGCCGGCUUCCCAGAUUUAAAGCCUCAAGGUCCUGAUCUCCCGGCGCCCAAGCUGGGCAGGUCACGCAGUACACGCUCGCUGAACCGGUUCCAGCCCUGCCGGAGGCAUUCCUUGUCCGUGGACUUCGAGGAGAUUGGCUGGUCUGGCUGGAUCAUCUCACCGCCGGGGUACAACGCCUUCCACUGCAAAGGCUCCUGCCCCUUCCCUCUGGGCGAGAACAUGCGGCCGACGAACCAUGCCACAGUGCAGUCCAUCAUCAACGCCCUGAAGCUGAGCGAGGGUGUCAGCACCCCCUGCUGUGUGCCCGACAAGCUCCACUCCAUCAACCUCCUCUACUUCGAUGAUGACGAGAACGUGGUCCUCAAGCAGUACGAUGACAUGGUGGCUGGGAGCUGCGGCUGCCACUGAGGCAGGGGGAGCAGGGGCUGGAAACACCGCUGCAGUGGGACUGCACCCACUCCCUCCAGAGCAUGGGUGGGGUCUCUGUCCCUCAAAUCCUCUGAAAGAGACUGGGACGAGCAAAGCAAGGGUGUGCUGGGUCUGCUUAGGUUGGUGUCACCCCCUGACAGGGCCAGCCAAGGAAGGCUCAGGGCCAAGCCCUGAUUAAACCAAGCCAAAGGAGCCCGUGUGAACCAGCAGCUCCAGGGCAGCAGCUCCAUUUUGGGGCGCCCUGUGUGGGGGCAUGGGUGUCUCUGCCCAUGCAGAGGCUCCUGCAGGCUGCACUAUAUGUAUAUAGCAAGAGCACUAAUAUAUGACAGAAACCAUCUGUACAAUGUCCUGUAAAUGUCUGUACAUUCCUGCAUUGCUGUGACUUGUAAAAUUAAUUCAGAGGAACUAUUUAAAAGUGCCAUCCUCCAAAGGCUGCCUGUGGACUCUGAACUGCUGCCAGGAACAGGGCGAGCAGACAUCUCCCAGGCACAGGGAAGGGGGUGCACAUGGAGGGAUGAAGAUGCAGCUGCAGCGCAGUCUCCAGGGUCAAGGGGAUGGGGUGGGUGCGCCCCAUUCCUUGAAAGCUGAACAAUCUCAGGACCCAUCAGCCUGGAACUGGGGAUGCAGGGAGGUGAGCAGGCGAUGGGGGUGCUUGGGGGAAUGUGGUGACAGGGUCUGGGGAGGGAUGGGGGUGUCCAUAGAGACAUCUGGAGAUGAUGCUGCUGGGGCAGGUGAGUGGUGGCUGUUGUGGUUUAAUCCCAGAUUAGACUAAGCACCAUGCAGCCACUGGCCUCUCCCCUGACCCUGGUGGGAUGGGGAGGAGAAUCAGAAAAGGUUAAAUGUGUGAGUGGAGAUAUGGAAAGUUCAAUAAUGGAAAUAAAAUAAAAUAUAGUAAUAUUUAAUAACAUUUUUGAUUAAAAGGGAGACGUUAAAAGGAGGCAGUCAUAACCCCAAGACAUACAAAUGAUGCCCAAUACCCAGUUGCUCAGCAGCCACUGAUCUGUGCCCAGCCUGUCUCCUAGUAGCAACUGGCUGCUGAGAAAUCAGUGUGUGAUCAAGAAUAUUCUCAUCCUGAAUCUAAAAUACGGCAUUAUACCAGCCACUGGGAAGAAAAUGAACUCUAUUGCAGCUGAAACCAGGAGAGUGGGGCAGGAGAGCUCUGGGGGAAGAUGGUAAGAGGACACUGCUGUGUCUAGAGAGGAUGUUCCUCAUGGAAGAGAAAAGGGGUGGAAACCAGAGCUGCCCAAGGCUGUGGGGUCAGGUGUACAGAGGGUGGGUGUCAGUGAGGGUUACUGGGGAGUGGGUAUAGGUGUUGCUGGUCAGGGCAGGGGUCCCCUCACACCUGGUGGCACAGCUCCCUUGUCCCCUGCCAUCCAGCUCUCAGUAGGAGUGUGGCUGUCCCUGCCAGAGCACUCAGCUCCUCCAAGUCUCUUUCCAAGUUUCCAACAUCAGCAGCUUGGCCACAAUCCCAGGCUGACACCAGGAGUCCCCUGGCACCACCGCAUCUCCAGCUCACAAGUGAGUGAAUUGCCUGGCUGGCACCAGUUUCUUCCCCCUGCUCACCUGGAAGCAGCACCAGCAGCUCUUGGCCCUUCUCCAUGCCAACCCUUUCCACAGCCCAAGGUCCCUCUCUCCAUCUUACUCAAGGGAAGGGUAUAUCCCUUCAGGAGGCUCUUUCACUGGACAUGGCCUCACACUGGAGGGCAAAUCCUUGCCCUGUGCCCCCCAGACAUGUUCCCCACUGCCUCCCAUGAUGUGAACACAGGCCAGAGCCAACAGGUGUGUCCUGAUCACAUGCAUGUCCCAGUUCCAGUUCCAAUGCACCCAGGCCCAGGUACCUCAUUCCAAAACUAAUGCAUGGAUAGG